CUGGGAGUUGUCGUUUAACCUCUCCGUGCCUGGUUUUCAGAUGACGUCUGGACGAGCGAUAUACACGAGUGUCUCUGCAGAGGGAAGUCCAUCAUAGAAAUGAAAAUAGAGGCCAGACUUGUUUGAGGUUUUGGAAACAUGUCCAAGAAAAGGGGCAGGAAACGCAGCAGCGGAGAGCUGAGCGACAGUCUCACUCCGGAUCCCAACAACCUGCUGGGUCGACGGAUCCAGCACAGCUGGAGAGAGAAGGGCGCCUUGACCAAGUGGAAGGGCACCGUGCUGGACCGACUCACCGUCAACUCUUCCUUAUUCAUGGUCAAGUACGACGGCUUCGAUUGCGUCUAUGGCAUCGAGCUCUUUAAGGACGACAGGGUCUCGAACCUGCAGGUCCUCACUGAAAAAGUGGUGAACAACAAGAUCAAGGUUCCACACGACGCAGAAGAGCUGGUGGGAAAAGCGGUGGAGCAUCUGUUUGAAAAGGAAGACGGCGAGAAGAACGAGUGGAGGGGGAUGGUGUUGUCUCGCGCUCCCAUCAUGACUAACUGGUAUUAUAUCACCUAUGAGAAAGACCCGGUACUGUACAUGUAUCAGCUCUGGGACGACUACAAAGACGGAGAUCUGCGGAUCUUACCUGAAGCAGAGAAUAAACACCUGCUCCCGGCAGACAGAAAGCCCGGAGAGGAAACCGAGAGCCUUGUGGGUAAGCAGGUGGAGUACGUCACUGAUAAAGGGGUGAAGAGAACUGGCCUGGUCAUCUAUCAAGUUCCCGCUAAGCCGUCCGUUUAUUACAUCAAAUAUGAUGAUGAUUUCCACAUUCACGUGUAUGACCUGGUGAAGACCACCUAAACGAAACAAACGAAAACAAAACAGUCCCACUGUCUGACCUUUUCAUAGCUUAAGUAUCAUCGCAUUGUACCUUCUCAUACAGUUUGCCUCGCUGUGAAGGGCUGGCGGAGGUAUGAAACGUUCAGGGUUUGUUCAUUUGUGUUGAUGUUGACAGGUUAGGAAGACACUUUAAUGUUUAUAUGCCCGUUAAACAGGUCAUUUUAAUGUACUAAGGCCGGGGUACUUUUUAUUUAGCUUUAAUGCCACGGCAAAGGUCAGUCUCAUUUGAGAUUUGUUUAUGAACGUGCGCUCGUUGCUUCUUUUGAAUUGUAAAUAGUUUGCAUUUCAGCAAUGCAUACGUGAUGUGAGCGAGACACUUAAUAUUAAAAGAAACAGGAGGAGGGCUUUAUCUGAAAUUUUAAGUAACUGACACAGUUGAAACCUAUUUAUUAUAUAAAAAGCUUAUAAUUGCUGUACAAACGCUUAUUGGGACUUCUUGUCGGCUUUAGGUGCCGAAUUAAAAAAUACAAUCGGCUUGCUUAAAAUGGUAGGUAUGUUCUGUGAAAGAUGUAGCUUACAUCUUAGUCCAAAGGUGGUUUUAUGGAUUAUAUGUACCUUUACCUGUGUCUAGGUAAGUUGGGUGACAUCAUCACGACAUCACCAGGCCCUAUUUGUAGCACUGUAACAAUCCAAGAAACAUUUGUCUGUUUUACCUGUGUAAAAAAGCAGAUGCGCACUUAAUGUCAUGCAUAUCGCCAAAGGAUUUUUUGCUUAGAUUAAAUUUUCUGUUGUAAAAAAAUGAAUGCCGUUUCGCGAGAUAUUAUACACGACAGUAUAUAUGUUCAUUUAAUAAUACUAACAACAAUCUCACAAUCACUUAGAUGGUUCAACGUUCAAUGCAUGUAGCCCAGUUCUGUGACAGCAGUUUAAUAGUUUGACUUGUAAAGUUUACUAGUCCUCAGUUUAGUCCAAUCCAGCAGGCUGGAUAAACCAGUUCGAUUUCCUCAAAACUACUUUGCCUUACUGUGAAUUAAAGGCGAUGCCUGUGUAUGCUUAUGUUAUUAUAGCUUAUUAACAGAUUUGACCAUCAUAGCUGACCCGAGCACAGCUCUAAAACAUUUUACGAUUUCAUUUUCUUGACGUCUGACGGGUUUCACUUGUGCACAGGUGUCGGUGUGAGAUUGAGCUUUAUGUUGGUGUAGCUCUGAAAGUGAUAAAACAGCAAAUCUGUUUCACAUGACAUUCACAUUUUGUAUGUAAAUAAUGCACAUACGUGUUGUAAUUGGCCAUCUGUUCGUGUAGCUGAUGUGGGUCUUUUUUUUGCUUGUAGCAUUUGCACUUUAAGCUGUUGAGUGUACAGUAGCUCUCACCUGUCUCACAGAAACAUUAAAAACACUGCAAAUGUGAGUUGCAUAAGAAAAGAAACCAUAUGAAGUGUCUUACCUGAUUAGCAUCACCAAAAUCAAAAAUAAACAUAUGAGGCUCAAAACAUUGUAAAUUGAAAUGAUUUGACCUUGCGGACUCUUAAAACAAUCCUAAUGCCAAAUUAAAGGCUAGUCUGCGUUCUGUUAUAAAUAUCUUAAUAGUUUGUAGUUUUUUGGUGCCCAAUAAAUUUCAUCACCAAAAUGAUUUUGUUAUUGACCUGCACAUGAAGGGAUUUAUGUAAAUGUAAUGCAAAGCAGUGUUCUCUGAAGGGAUGUGUUUUUUUCUGCUAUCAUUUGCAUGUGGCUCAGUCUUAGACAGACUGAAGGUUUUUGAAUCUCUUCAGUAGUGCGCCACCGAGUCCUCAUUGGUUUAUUGUGUAGUUUUCUACUUUGAUAUUUGAAAUACACAGCACGUGUCAUUUAUUUUGAGAAAAGUGCUCAAAAGAUCAGAUGAUUGUAAGCUCUGGUUGUUCAUUUGGAUAGCUCAUUGUAGGUAAUGGGGGGAAUAAAUCACAUUAUCUAAAUAUGAAUUGUCAACCUUUCAGCUGUGGACAUAGUUUUAGCUUUUUCUGUGCCAGUAUAUUGAGCAGACUGAAAUUCUGUAUUUGGUUUCAUCACAUUUGUACUAUAUUUCAAAUGGUUUGACUUUAAGCUGUUAAAAGUUGGUUUCAUGAUUCUCAAGCUUUUGCUGUUUUUUUUCUUCUGUCUGUGUACAAGUAAUCUCUUGCUUCUUUGUAGCGGUGUUUUAUUGUGCAGCCCGCAAGCUUCCGCCGAAACCUCUGGUUGUAUUUAUCUUUUCUUUUGAAAAUUUAAGUUACUUUAUCAGUAGCUUCGUCCGUUUGUGUAAUGAUGUUAUCAUAAUUAAAAAGAGAUAUUUUUUGCA